AUGGCCUCCGCCGCUGCCAAACGCCUCGCCGGCAAAACCAUCCUCAUCACCGGUGCCUCGUCGGGGAUCGGGCGGUCCACAGCCCUCGAGUUUGCCCGCACCAGCCCCGACAACCUGCGGCUCAUCAUCACCGCCCGCCGAGCCGACGCCCUGCGCGACCUGGCCUCGCAGAUCAAGAGCGAGGCCGGCGCCGGCGUCCAGGUCCUCCCCGUCAAGCUGGACGUUGCCAACGCCCAAGAGGUCCGCGACUUUGUCACCAACCUGCCGCAGGACUGGAGGGCAAUCAACGUGCUAGUCAACAAUGCCGGCCUUGUCAAAGGCGUCGCCCGAGCCCCCGACAUCGACCCAGACGACAUGAACGUCAUGUUUUCCACCAACGUGACGGGACUGAUCAACAUGACGCAGGCGAUACUGCCCGUCUUCCGCCAGCGCGAGCAUGGCGGCCAGGGCGACAUCAUCAACGUGGGCUCCAUAGCCGGCCGUGAGCCUUACCCCGGCGGUUCCAUCUACUGCGCAAGCAAGGCUGCGGUUCGCAGCUUCACCGACAGCCUGCGAAAGGAGCUCAUUGCCACGCGCAUCCGAGUCAUGGAGAUUGACCCGGGCCAAGUCGAGACGGAAUUCUCCUUGGUGAGAUUUUACGGCGACAAGGCCAAGGCUGAUGCUGUUUACGCCGGAUGCGAGCCUCUCACGCCUGAGGAUAUUGCCGAAGUCAUUGUUUUCGCGGCUACUCGCCGCGAAAACGUCGUUGUUGCCGAUACGCUCGUAUAUCCCAACCACCAGGCAUCCGCUCUAAUCAUGCAUCGGAAAAGCACGUAA